AUGGCGACAAAGCAGCCCUUGAAGACGACUUUUGACGUCGACCGCGUCAUAAGGCCAAUUUUCACCGGCGGCUCCGUGUCAAUCGACAAUGGCGCGCAAAUUCUGGCCACGACCUUUGGCGAGGAUGCCAUCCUGACCAACCCCGCCAAUGGAAGACAUCUUGCGCAGAUUGAAGGAGACGGAGAGCUUAUCUCGACUCUUACCCUGACUCCGUCUGGUUCUCACCUGAUCGUGUGCUCUCGAUCCUUGUCUAUGAGGAUAUUCGCAUUGAAGCGCUCGUCUGACGAAAGCUCUAUCGAAGCCUCGCUUAUUCGAACCUUGAAGCCCCAUUCGACUCCCGUUGUGGUGCUGGCCGUCGAUCGCACCAGCACUCUCCUCGCGACAGGAGGCACGGACGGCGCCAUCAAGGUGUGGGACAUCGCUGGCGGCUACGUUACACACACGUUCCGAGGACCUUCCGUACUGGUGUCGGCGCUGCAUUUCUUUGAGGUUGCCUCGCGUGCCAACGAGGCCGCAGUUUCUCGAAAGGGCAAGAAGGCCAGCCGCGCGCGCGAGACCGACGACGAGACUGAGAGGCCCAGUACCACCCACUUCAGACUCGUUUCGGGCAGUCAGGAUGGCAAGGUCCGUGUGUGGGAUCUGAAUAAGCGAAGCUGCAUCGCCAAUUUGGACUCGCACGUUUCAGACGUCCAGCGGCUUGACUAUUCGCCCGAGCAGGACGCGAUUGUGAGCGGAAGCAGGGACAAGACCAUCAUCUGGUGGGACGCCAAAUCUUGGAAGAUCCGAAAGGUUGUCCCGUGUUUGGAACUUGUCGAGACGGUUGGCUUUGUCGAUGAGGGUCGCUUGACCUUUUCUGCCGGCUCCAAUGGCUGCCUUCGAAUUUGGGACACGGAUACCGGUGCGGAGCUCACGCCGAAGCAGCCUGCCAAGAGCGAGGAAGAGGCUGUGGUCUCUGGCAUUUAUCGAUCAGCAUUGCCCUUCAUCCUAUGCGUCCAGGUCGAUCACACUUUGGCCCUCUACGAGCUACCAUCCAAAGCCAAGUCAGCAGAUCUUGCUGCCCCUGAACCGUUCCGCCGGAUAUCAGGAACCCAUGACGAGAUCAUCGACUUGGGAUAUCUGCUUCCGGACAGGUCCAUGCUUGCGCUCGCCACGAAUUCCGAGGAUAUCCGACUGAUAUCUGUCUCAGAAACAGAGGACGUUGAGGACCAGGGAACUUGGGUCGAAAGUAAGACCCCAUACUUUGGACAGGACGUGGCCUUACUCCGUGGUCAUGAGGACAUCAUCAUCUCUUUAGAUAUCGACUGGUCCGGCCACUGGAUUGCCACUGGCGCCAAAGACAACACAGCACGGCUCUGGCAGGUCGACCCGUCCAACAACUCGUUCAUUUGCUGGGCCACGUUUUCCGGACACGCAGAGUCUCUCGGUGCUGUUGCUCUCCCACGCACAGUGCCUGCGGAAGGAUCCGCGGCUCGAACCGACCCUCUCAACCACCCGCCUCCCUUCCUCCUGACGGGUUCUCAGGACCAGACGAUCAAGAAGUGGGAGAUUCCCCGGAAACAGCAGCAGCCUGGUCAGAAGACGGGAUCACGCGCAGCAUUCACGCGCAAGGCCCAUGACAAGGAUAUCAAUGCCAUCAACGUGCACCAUUCUGGUCAGCUUUUUGCGAGUGCGUCGCAAGACAAGACGGUCAAGAUCUGGUCCGUAGCAGAGGGCGAGGUUCAAGGUAUCUUGAGGGGUCAUAAGCGUGGUGUUUGGACCGUUCAGUUCUCUCCAGCGCAGCUGCCUCCGAUACAAGGCGACGAUAGCCCAGUUACCGGCAAGGGAGUUAUGCUCACGGGCAGUGGCGACAAGAGCAUCAAGCUGUGGAGUCUGGCCGAUUACACAUGCAUCCGAACUUAUGAGGGGCAUACAAACAGUGUUCUCAAAGUGGUCUGGCUAAACAUGCCGGCAUCGAAGGAGCAGUCCAAGAAGCCAGUCCAGUUCGCAAGUGCCGGUGGCGACGGACUGGUCAAGGUUUGGGAUGCGAACACAGGAGAGGCGGAGUGCACGCUCGACAACCAUGAAGAUCGAGUAUGGGCUCUAGCCGUCCACCCCGGCACCAAUACUAUUGUCUCCGGCAGUGGCGAUUCGACUGUGACCUUCUGGAAAGACACAACGGCCGAGACGCAAGCCGCUGCUUCACAAGCUGCACUGAAGAUGAUUGAGCAGGAGCAGGAGCUGCAAAAUCACAUCUUUGCAGGGUCCUAUCGAGAAGCAAUUACUCUGGCACUUCAGCUCAACCACCCUGGUCGCCUCCUGAGCCUGUUCACUUCUGUUGUCACGAGCAACUCACCUGAGAAGGGCAGCCUGUGCGGGCUCAAGGCCGUCGAUGACGUCCUGGGAAGCCUCUCUGACGAGCAAAUUUUCCUGCUGCUUCUGAGGCUGCGGGACUGGAACACCAAUGCACGAACAGCCCCUAUUGCGCAAAGGAUCCUCUGGACUCUGAUUAGGAGCUACCCCGCCUCCAAGUUCUCGAACUUGUCUGUCAAGGGCGCGCGCGGCCAGAAGAGUCUCAAGGAUGUGCUCCACGGCCUGAGGGUCUAUACGGAACGCCACUACAAACGCAUGGAGGAGCUGGUUGACGAGAGCUAUUUGGUGGAAUAUACCCUGCAGGAAAUGGACAGCUUUGCUCCGCUUGGAGAUGCUGACGUCGCCAUGGAGGAGAUGGAUGAGGUAGAUGAAGUCAUGGUUGGGUAG